UAAACGUUGUGCCAAAAAUGUAUUUGAGUAAGUUUAAUCAUUAUUCAUUUAUGAAAAACAAGCAUGUACAAUGUUCUUCCUAAAUCAUCGUCAAUAAUAAUAAUGUCCACAAAUAAAGGCUUUGCCUAAACCUAGAACGCCCUUGCCAGAUUGUUUUUUAAGAAUAAGAACAUUUUGCAUUCCGUGUGAUACAGCAUUUGGAUGAAGUAUGAUUGUAUAGUUAUGGGGAGGUCAAGCGAAAAAAAUACCGAAUAUUACAAAACGGCUCUGGCCACUUCUACAAUAAAAGCAUUGAAUAACCUAAUGUCCGACUCAAAAAGUAGCACUUGAACAUCAUGCGCAGAAGCUUACGAUUAGCUGUUCGCUACUUUGAGUCGUAAAGAUCCGCUACAAAUAAUACUCGAAAGGUUCUCCAAAUCACAGCCAACCCAAAAGAAGUACAAAUAGGAGUUCUAUCUUAAAAAAAACAUAACCCCUCAGAUGGAAAUAGUAGCUAAUGAUUCGCAGAAUCUCCCUCCAUAUUAAAACACGACCUCCGUCGUCUCGUCAACCAGGAAGAAACUCACAGCAAACUUCCUUCACCUUUGCGGAUGUGCGUCACCCCCCCACAAAAGCAAGCAUGUCGUCGCUACUUCUCCGAGGGUUGUCGUCGUCCCGUUCGGGUUAUCAGGGGGCCCGAGUGCUGGUGACCGUAGCCGGCUUCAGUGGCGCUCGGGGCGGCAAGCAGCAGCACACGGAGGCUGCAAGUGGAGUCCGGGAGGUGGAACUCAAGAGACUGCCCGGGAAGGACGAAGGUAUCGUGGAGGUGCUCAUGUGCAGACAUAAUGCCCGGAACGCUUUAGGCCAUGUGUUUGUGUCUCAGAUGAAGGAGCUGGUGUCCAUGGUGUCCAGUGACUCGGAAGUGCGUGUGCUUGUCUUCAGGAGUUUAGUUCCUGGUGUUUUCUGUGCAGGCGCAGACCUAAAAGAAAGAGCUUUGAUGAACAACCAGGAGACCGAUCUGUUUGUUCAUGGGCUGCGAUCUCUCAUGACUCAGAUCGCCUUGUUGCCAAUGCCCACCAUAGCAGCCAUCGACGGUGUGGCUGUGGGAGGUGGAUUGGAGCUCGCCUUGGCCUGUGAUCUCCGCACAGCUGCGUCUUCUGCACAGAUGGGCCUGAUUGAGACGACGCGAGGGCUGCUCCCAGGGGCCGGGGGCAGUCAGCGGCUGCCUCGCACUGUGGGAAUGGCACUGGCAAAGGAGCUCAUCUUCACAGGAAGGUGCGUGGGGGGGCAGGCGGCCGCCGAGAUGGGCCUGGUGAACAGAGCCAUUGAGCAGGACCAGACGGGAGAGGCGGCGUACGCGGAAGCGCUCGCCCUGGCCAGAGAGAUCCUGCCCCAGGCUCCCGUCGCUGUGCGGAUGGCCAAAGAGGCGAUGAACAGAGGCCUGGAGGUUGACAUCACCUCAGCGAUGGCCAUCGAGAGGAUGUGCUACGCUCAGGUCAUCCCGACACGGGACAGACAGGAGGGAAUGGUGGCCUUCAUAGAGAAGAGACCUCCGUUUUACAUUGGCAAAUAAGCUGUUUUUAUUUUAUUUUUAGGACGAAUCACUUAUUUUUAUAGCAUCUGCGCUAGCCGAUGUAUGUUCUUUAUUUCCUAUUUAGAAAUCAUGACACGAUAUCAAAGCGUAUACUUGCCCCCUCUCUCCCACCCCCCCCUUUUUUUAUUACAAUGACUCAAAACUUCAGAAAGAAAAGUAUCAAUCGUAUACAAUAAAAUAAAUGUGAUGCAACUCUUAACAAGCUAA